UCUGGAUGUGAAUGAAACAGGAAAUCCACGACAGUGCACUGAUAAAAGUCUUGGAGCUCACUAGCACUGCACUCAGCUCAGCAGCAAGAAAAUUAAAGAUCUACAGCCAAGUACGUACAUCUGAAGAGAGUGAAGAUUUCAGUAAAUAGUCAAACAUGUCUAUAGAUUCUCUGCCACAAAUGUAUGGCCAUGUCUUCGAACCAGCUCUUCAAGAUAUCUCACUGAAGAGGUUUCGUCUCCGUUAUUGUUCUUACGACGACUGCUACUAUCUCCACUGGGACAACCCAGUAUGCCGCCCACUCGCUAAACUCUACGGACUGAGUGAGGGACUAUACGCGUCGUCAGGGAUACAGCGACACCAGGAACAGGGAGAAGAUCAGCUGAGAUACCUCAGCCUCAGUGAGGGUGUGAGCAAGGCCUCUCUGGAGUGGGUCAUUGACUUCUCAUCUUGUGGACUAGUCAUUCACCAAUUGGCCCUCAGGUCUCGCUGUUCCUAUGACAACCAGGCGAGUGUCUCCCUAUGUGUGCGUGGAGACAACUCCAUCACUCUAACACCACAGUUUGGAGAUCAGCACAUGGAUCUGAACUGUCUCGCUGGGUGUAGCCGUGUUUCCAUAGUGAUGACGAUAGAGUCUGCCCCUAAUGAGUCAGUGAGGCUCCUCCCAUCUUUUGAAACUGACGAAUCACCUCUGGACAUCAUCGUGGACCUUAUGUGUCCGCGUAAGGAUGACGAGAUAUAUGCCGGAGAGCUGUUGCUAGGGAUCAAGUACACGUCUGACAGGUCACCUAGUGACAACGAGUCCACCAAUUCUCUCCUCAGCAGUGAGGGUGUGGAGGGGGCGGGACAUCUCCAGGUGCAUGUUGUGGAGGGGGCGGGCAUUGUGGACGAGGACACACACAAGCCGUUCAACACUCUGUGCAAAUGUGACAUGCUGCCCAGCGCUGGCAGACACAGUACUCAACACACCAGCCCCAAACACAACGCUUACCCAACCUGGACCAAACAGUUUGACUUUGAAGGUCUGUCCAGAGUGGACCUAGUCAAUGGCGGCCUGGAGGUCAUACUGUACGAUCAUCACAAGUUCAGUCACGAUAACAACAUCGGGGGCCUGCGAAUGUGCGUACCCCAGAAGAAACUGCUUAUGAAGCACCUGAAUAGUUCACUGUCAGCUAACAACUCCCCCCUGGGAUCGAGGGGAAGCUCGCCAGCACUUAUUGAAAAUGGUGACUCUCCCUACCACAGUGACGGAAGCCUAUCACCAAUCCUCCUUUCGUCUAACAGUUUACAAUUUCAUAACCCAUCACCACGAAACUCCGCCUCCCUUCCCAACCACGGACGUAACUCAAUACCAACCUCCAUAUCACUAAAUGCUGUAAGCCACACCCACUUAUCACCCGAGAUCACUCGAAGAUCCCAAUCUCCAGAUGUCAACACACUCUCCCCGAAUGUCAUCCGACGUACCUCAAGCGGUGGUAGAGCUGCAAAGAAUAAAUUCCGUCUCUCUGGAAGUCAUUUAAUGAAUUUGUUCACGCCCAAUUCUUCGCCACGCUCGUCACCGAUUGGUCGCCGAAAGAUAUUCAGUCGGAACAAUAGUAUCGAGUCUGAGUAUGUUCAUUGGUGGAUGGAGGACACACCCACCACAGAGGUACGACACUGGCAGCAGGUGAUGGACAAAGACGGAGAGUGGGUCUAUUUCUGGCACCUCAUUAGACCAAACCUCAAGUCUGCAAACUGAACAAACUUAAUUUUUGCUUAUCAUUCAUUCUGCACGCAGCUAUCAAAUUAUUUUUAUGCACACUGAGUUUUCAUAUACAAACUGCUUUUUUGCUGAUAAUAGAUAAUGAAUAUCUUUACAGUAUAUUGA